GUUCAGUUCAGUCGAAGCAGGAGCAAGGAGAGGGCAGAAAGCGGAGAGAUCGGUCUCGAUUUUAUUAUGCUAAAUUGUAUCAGUAUUUUUCAAUCUAACCGGUCGGACUCAUGGUGAAGAGAAAGAAGACGUCGCCUACUAGCGAAGAUCACGAAAAUGGCAUGACACUGGGCUCCAGGGAGGGGAUCGGUGUCGAUGGGAGGAGGAAUCCGUCCAGAAAGCCCGAAGGUUGCGACGAGGAGGAGAGCGGAGAGCAGGCGAGCGAGGAGCGCAGUACAAAGGGAGACGACGGAGUGGAAAUUCUUAAUCCAUCAACCACGGCUCUCAGCCCCGGUUCAGCUCUGGUUCUCCCCGCCUCUCCACCGAACCGAACCGGGCUUGGCUCAACCCAGCAGUCCCAGACCUCAGCGGAGACCGCCCCUCCGUGUCACGACCAGCAUCAUUUUCUCCGAUCAAGCGUCCGACCUCCGAGCAAACGCAUCCGGAAGGAUUCAAUCGGCUCGACCAUCAAUGGACAUGGCGGGGCAAAAUCGAAAGGGGCAGAGAAUGGCUCUUCCUCGCAGGGGGCAGUGGGACAGUCGGGACCUGUGGCCAGCUCCACAGGGGGAGUCUCGAAGGCCUCCAAGGGCCAAGGGUCUGCUGAGAAGGAGGAGCAAGCUGGUAACCAGAAGAGGGCCCGUCGACAGUGGGAGUCCUGGAGCACAGAGGACAAAAACAGCUUUUUUGAGGGGCUCUACGAGCAUGGGAAGGAUUUUGAGGCUAUACAGAACAACAUUGCAAUGAAGUACAAGAAAAGAGGCAAGCCAGCCAACAUGGUGAAGAACAAGGAGCAGGUUCGCCACUUCUACUACCGGACCUGGCACAAGAUCUCCAAACACAUUGACUUUGCCAAUGUGUACUCCAGAGUGCUGAAGAAAUCCUCCCAAGAACUGUACGGCCUCAUCUGCUACGCCGAGCUCCGCAAAAAAGUUGGAGGGUUAAUGGAUGAUAAGAACGUGGCAAAGCUGAACGAACUAAUCCAGCAAGGGGCCACCACUGUGCGCUCCAAAGGGAGGAACUUACGAAUCAAAGCACCCAUGUGCCGAGCUCUGAAGAAACUCUGUGACCCAGAUGGAGUGAGUGACGAGGAGGACCAGAAGCCGGUGCGUCUACCCCUGAAGGUGUCGGUUGAACUCCAACCACGCAGUAACCACUCCUGGGCCCGCGUUCAGACUCUAGCCCACAACCCUCGCCUCAGGAUGGUGGUUGAGCUGCACAGGAAAGUCUCCAGCCUAAUUGAGUAUCUGAAGCAGAAGUGGGCGUACCAUGACCAGCGGAUCCUUAAGAGUCUCAUGGAGAGGGAGGCUCUGGAGGGCGGCCAGGCCAGCACAGCCUCUUCCAGCAAAUCCCAGCAGGAGGAGCUCUUUCUUUUCCCUGCUGAGAGCAGCACUUUGACCACGCUGCCUGGUGUGGCACGUGUCGUUCACUCCAAGGCCUCCUGCACCGUACACUGGCUAGAAAGUGGCAAGAACAGGCCUAACGCCAAGGAAUUGCCAGCUGCUCAGAUUCUGGGUAUUCACACGGCUCCACCACUUCGGACUGGCACUAAAACUGGUCGGGGAGGCAGCGGUGCUGCUGCUGCUGUUGCAGGUGCUUCAGUGACUGUAUUGGGUGAUAGUCGACGAACUGAGCCCCUUAACCCUGAGCCUUCACAAGACUGUUCUACAAAGGUAGAGGAGAAGAAACCUCAGCCUGUGACUCUCCCUGCUUCCAUGCAGCAGACUGUGGCUCAGAGGGAAGAGGGAAUUGGGAUGGGGGAAGGGGGAAAGACUUGUACCGGUGUGGAGGCCGGUAGUGAUUUAUUAGUGACCAAAAGCAUGGAGAAGUUGUGUAGUGGAACGGAAAGUUCACCGGCGCAGUGCGAAGAGGAGCAGAACACCUGCACGUCUUCCCCAGAGGCCAACCAGACGCCCCCGGCCAAACCUCCCCUGACUGGCUCAGAGGAGGGAAUGUCGCAGGUCUCUGCACCAGCAGCCAAAGAACGGGCUGUCGAGCAGAUCAGAGGGGAGGGCUGGAGCGCGCGUGACGCAGAGAACGUCACCCUGGCUGAGCUCUACCUGAUGUUUGGGAAGCCUGGCAAGCUGCAGCUGGAGUAUGAGUGGCAGCCCAUUGCCAUUCCUUUCAGCCACCAAGAAAAUGGACAAGCCUUGGCACAGCUCAAGCCCAACAGGACACACCGCGUUCUGCGCUGCCUGCUCAAACUGGUUGCCACUGAGGUCAAUCCUAAACCUUUGGCUCCAGAGCUGUGCCCCACAUCUCCACUCAAGACCCAUCAAGAGGAGCAGAACCAGGCUUUCACACCUCCAGGGAAGGGUCCCAUAGCAGGUGUUCGCAGCCCCAGCUUUGGCCGGCAGCAGCCCUCUGUCCGAGGGGCCCGGUUACACCUACCAAACGCUGGAGUCUCAGGUGGACGCAACCUCUCCCGCUCUCUGCUGGGGUCGACGGCAGGCAGCGAUGCAGAAAGCAGCGUGUUUGCAGUCCCCACCACGCUGCCCCCCAACAGCUCUCGACACAACAGAAUGUUUUCCCCAAACAAGGAAGCAGAGCUCGCCCUCAAACAGCAGCUCGACUCUAUCAGUAUGCAGUCAGAUCUUUUUCUUUCAAGACAAAGAAAACCUCGAAACAGACUUCGGAAACCACUUGUAGUUCAGCGAACACUCCAACCCCGAACUACAGGAGACACUCCUCAGCACGUCUGCUCCUUCUCCAUCCUCUCCAACUCCUCUGCCACAGGAACUGGAUCUUUCCGGCCAAUCCACACUCGCCUAACUCCUUCCUCCCGCCCCCUCCCUCCCAAAGCUUCCCCUGCAGCGUCCAGCUCUGCAGCGGCCAGCCAGCUCUCCAGUGCCAUUGACCUGGCAGCUAAAUCUGCAGGUAUCAUCCCUGGCAGUCCCCGUCGGGAGCUGAAUUCCCCUGUUGUUGAUAACAGUACCCUGCUCGCCCCCACACCCAUUGUUGAUGCUGAACCAGACUCCCAACUCCUCCAGCACAAUGUCCCAGAGAACGGUCAGCCUCCACCAUCUCCACCGUCUCCUGGAGUGACCAGGGACUCUCUCCUCCCUCCACCCAGCGUAGCCUCGCUCCUGGACAUCUCUCUCCCCGGCCCCCCUGAAGAAGCUCCCGGAGAAUCUCAGACACACAUCAGUGACUCCAUCAUCGAGCUCGCCAUUAACUCUGCCCACUAUGGCGAGGAGGCCACGCUUUCUCCAGCAAAGCUGAGCAACAGCGACUCCUCCAAACUGUUGUCCUCGUCGCCAUCAGUCAGCCCAUCCAGAGGCUGGAUCCCGUCGCCCAGCCACGACCCCCAGUGGUACCCCAGCGACUCAUCUGACUCCACGCUGGGAUGCCUCCUCUCCAGCAUGGUCUCUCCUGAUAAGGGCAAGCGGACGACCCUAACCCCCUCUGGCCCCUCCAGCGGCACGGCUUUGCUCGGUCCAAGCCUCCUGGACUGCAACUCCCAUGAUUCCUUUCAGUCCCGUGGCCUUCCAGAUGUGGCUGAAAUGGACUCUCAGCUUGCUUGUAUGAUGAGUGAGAGUAGCGUGGACUACAUCGCUCGCUUCAAUGACCUGGCUCAGGAGCUGGCUGUGACCGAGCCCUCCAUCCCACCACCAUGAGGAGACCUGGCUCCAACGACCCACAGCCAUCUGGAGGACAUGACUUUGCUCUGUAUAGACUGUCGCCACGCCGUCCCUUCUACUUCGGAGAAAAGAUGACUGUGGAGAAAGAAAGACGGACCUACCCCCCCCCCCUCCCUCCCUCCUCCCUCCCUCCCUCCUAACCACCCCUGCCCCCUCCCUCCCUCCCUCCUAAACCACCCCUGCCCUGUUUGUAAAAGUGCAAUAAUAACAGUGAAGCGUGACCAUUUUUCAAAGCGAGUUUGAAACUUGUUGGUUUCACUGAACUGUUCUUUAAGUUGAAAUGCCCUUUAAAAACAAACACUUUAGAAAAACAAAUGCGUUUACAAAACACAACCUCAUGUACAGGAAAAUACUAUGCCAUAUCUGAACAAAAUAUUUUCACUGAUCUUUUAUGUGAUGUCUCUUCCUGCUCUUUGUGCGUUUGUCCGUCUUCUACUCUCUCAAAUUAACCCCACAAAAUGUGUAAAUCCGCCAUAAUGUGCAGUUCAGAUCCCAGCUGGUGACAAACAGCUGCCGGAGUGUGAUUUUUGAUAGUAAUGGCAGUGAGAAAGAGGUUGAAUGUGGUGAGAUACUCGUUUUAUUUAGUUGAUAUUGUGGCCUCAGUUGCAAAAGUAGAGCACAACACAGCAGGGCAGGUAAGUAAAAUCAUUUGAUACUGCCCUCCACUUCACAUGCUCUUGAUCAGUUCAGGUUUUAUUGGUUGCAUUUUAGGAACAUAGCCUGCCAUGCGUGUUUGGAAUCAGGUUUGUCAUUUCUUACGAUCAAAUGUCACAUGCAAAAUGGCAGCUUUUUUUGGUUGAUCAUCUGCAGCUGCUACACUUGAAGUUUGUGCUGAACUCAGUGGAGUUCAAUGUCCAUUGCCAGUUGCUUCAUGCAAUUUUCAUUACUUUUAAUAUACGUUGAGAUGAUAAUACUUCGGCAAAGGUUUCGGGUUGGUUUGUUGUUGCUUAAACAGGUCGACAUUUAAUUUGAGACUUAUUUUAAAUAACCAUGGUCACAGUAGUUGGGAGAACUUUUAAUCCCAACUACUGUGACAAGCUCAUUUACUUAUCUCUCUUCUUGCAGUCAUUAGUUCAAACCAAGAAGCAAGUCGAGCUGUUUCAGUCAAGGACUAAACACAGGAACCCUUAAUGUGACUUACCACAGAUUAAUUUUCACCGCUUCGACUCGACAAGAGCGAGCAGUCAGAAAGAUCUUAUGAAAUCGAACACUAAAGCCAUAGUUGACACUCCACUUAUUUAUAAAAAAAACAUGUUUAAGUUGUGUUGUCAUUCUUUAAUAUCUAGUAAAACCUUCUGAUUGGUUGUGCUAAAAACAUUAAUUCCUCAUUGACUUGUACCGACACGGGAUACUAACGAAACACUAUGGCUAAUGUCAACAUGUUCGUCCUUUAACAUCAGCCCACUUUCUCUGUGGGGAAGUUACAUUUAUUAUUUUAAGAGCUUUCUUCUCCCGUGCAGUUUCACCAUUACGAUGUACUGUUGUUCACAGCAAAUACACGUAAAGUCCAGACUUAUUCCAUCAAUAUUUUCUACGAAUUUCAAUUAACCAGCAUCAUCAAUAUGCAGUAUUGAGAACAUUUUGUUUCAUCAACAAGAUUUCACGCUCUUGUUGUCAUUCCACAUACGGGAUUUUAAAUGUUUGUCUUCAAGCACCUUGAGAGCUUUGACUCUACAAUGUAAAAGCUUUUGUGAUGUUUAUUCAUUUGUGAAAAGCCUUAAUCUUCUCACACUAGAUACACUCGAUGAUUCUUAAUGUGGAUUAAACCGCAGGUUUGUCUUUGUAUCUGGCAUGUUUUAUUUUUUUGUUGCUGGAAGGAUUUAUUUGUACAAAAUGUCAAUUCCAAUAUUCACUGCUCUUUUGUAACAAAGUAAAUUGUUAUUUGGACUAUUUAUUGUUAACAUUUCAGAAAAAAAUGUUUUUUGUUUAACUUAAUAUUAAGAAGACAUCUAAAAAGGAAAAACCUGUUUAAAGUUUUCAGUUUGUAAAAAGGUGUUUUUAUUCUGUGUAUAAAGAGUUAUAAAAACCUG